GACGCCGUAUUGCUUUUUAUUUCUAAAUACAUAUGUUUACAAAAAAACUUCAAAGUUUAUUGCAAGGCCAACAAGAAGAAAUCCGUAAAAUUAAUGUCAAACAUUUAUUUAUUUUGUAAUUUUGAAGCAAUUUUGUUUAUUUAAGGUACAACUAAAAGAAACUCGUGCAUGCUUCUUAAAUCUUGCUGCAGAGGAGACCAACUGUUGCACGGUCUUGUGAUUCAUUCAUAAAAUCUGCACCUCUUUACAUGCGCCUGCGCGUUGGACUACGCAAGUCAAGUUCCGAGCACAUUUCACACCCCAGGCCAGUAAACGUUUCGGCUUUGCGCCAAAAUUAAAUUACAGUUGGUUCAGUACGUUUUCGCACGUCCAUAAGGGCAGUCGUGUUCUAGUGUCCGUUUUAAUUCGGGGCUUGUAUUUCGGAAAAAAAAAAAAUUGAAACGCUUAUAAAUCGUAGUAUUCCGUAAUAGACAUUAAGAAUGCCUGCUAUUCUGUUGGUGCUCUUGAGCUCCUUAAGCAUCUGCUGUGGAAUAAUAAGGGCGGGGGAGGUGCUACUGGUCAUCGCUUGUCCCCCAUUUCCUGUCCAAGCCACAAAUGAGUGCUUGGCCCUAUUCGAUAGCGUGAGGGAGCAGCAUCGGCAACUUAAACUGGCUGAGAUCUUCCCCAGUGACUACGUCCUAAAAGUCCAUGUGAUGCACGAGCGUUUCAACUACUGGACCCUUCUACACGCACUGCCUCAUCUAAGAGGCCAAUCACGUCUACUGGAUGAGCGUACGGAAUGGAUUAUUUGGUGUCAGCACAACACACAUGUAUCCUCGGUGCGCGGACUGCUCGAGCAGCUGCGUCAUCAGGACCCGGGGGAGCUCUCCUUUUACGGCCACGCCCUAUACGACUCGGAGGCCACCAUUAUACACCAUUUCUCCAACUACAAGGAUCCGCAGUGGUUUCCUUACCCCAUGCUUAGCGCCGGUGUAAUUUUCACAGGUGGUCUGCUUCGAAGGCUUGCGGAACUUGUUGCUGUGAAUGCCCAGAACAGCAGCCUCCACAGCGACUUCUCCAUCGACGCGUCUCAUGAACUAGCGCGCUUUAUAUACGACAACGUGUCCCCGACCAGCGGGUCGGUCGACCCAGGAAUGUCCAGGAAAAUCGUUCUGAAAAGUGCAAGCUACAUUUGCCCCACCGCCGAAUCCGUUCACAUCCCAGAGGCUCCGAGCAUAGUACCUCGUUGUAUGCUGCAUGCAAAGCCUGAGGAACCGUUUGCGGGCCUGUCAUCGUCUUUUGGGAGUCGGAAGGAGGGUUGUUUGGACACAACCGGAUCGCACAUAUAUUUCGCAAUCAAAACCUGUGCGAAAUUCCAUAAGGAACGCAUAACAAUCAUCGAACGCACCUGGGCAACAGACGCCCGCAACAGGAGAUACUACAGCGACGUGGCAGACGUCGGCAUACCGACAAUCAGCACUGGGAUACCGAAUGUGCAGACUGGACAUUGUGCGAAGACAAUGGCAAUUUUACAAUUAUCCCUCAAGGAUAUCAGUGAACAAAUGGACAUACGCUGGCUCAUGCUGGUCGACGAUGAUACGCUGCUGAGCGUGCCCCGCGUGAGCGCCCUACUGAGUUGCCACAACCACACGGAGCUCGUGUAUCUGGGCCAGCGCUAUGGCUACCGGCUGCACGCCCCAGAUGGUUUCAAUUACCACACAGGAGGGGCCGGCAUCCUGCUCAGCCUGCCGCUGGUGCGGCUCAUCGUGGAGCGCUGCAGUUGUCCAAGCGCCAGCGCCCCCGACGACAUGAUCCUGGGCUACUGCCUGCACGCCUUGGGUGUUUCGGCGGUACCGGCUGCCGGCAUGUACCAGGCCCGGCCGCAGGACUACGCCAGAGAGCUUCUGCAGCUGCAGCCGCCCGUGUCCUUCCACAAGUUUUGGAACACGGAACCGGAGCACACUUACCGCCGCUGGCGCGAGCGAACUACAAGGAACGAGGUGUCGCCCCACUGCAUAUGGUUGAGCGACAUCCCUGGGGCGGGGGCGUAGGAUUUCUACAAGAGACGCGGCUGGAGUCGUCUGGCAAGCAUUUGGAUCUUUAAUAUCCCCAGGAUCAAAAUUGAUGCUGAGAUCAAAGAGAGGAAUCCCAGAAGAUUUUCAUGUUCAUGUUGAUACGGUAUUGCAACUGGUUUUGGAUAAAUAAUCAAAUGACUCUGAUCUACACAUCAUUUUAUAGAAUAAUGUUUUCAAAUACACGCCAUUACAACUUAAUAGAUUUUAUUUUUCGUAUGAAAACAGUUUAAGUUCUUUUUACAACGGUGUUUAAUUGUAUCUCACGAUUAGACUAGACUAGUCCUUUUUCCAAGACUGGAUUCAUAUCUAAAUUUUGCAAAGUUGUCAAGUUACUAGGAUAUAUGGUUACUAAUUAGUUUUUGUUAACUAUUGUCAAAAAUGUCAAUUUUUAAUAUUUAUUAUUAAGUCUCAUCCUUUAAAAUUGUUUUCUUAUAUAAUACUUAACAAAUGCAAAUCAAUGCUAAAAGAAAUUUAAAGAAUGUUUUAACAAAUAAAGUAUAAGGGAAAGAAUGCGGUAAACAUAUUUUAAUUGAAAGAUAUUAUAUGAUAUUUGAUAACGUUUAAUCGUAUUUAACCCAUAAGUUUUUAAUUUUUUGUUUUAAAAGUGUUACAUUUUAAAUCAACAAUGUCUUGAACAUUUUGUGUAAUUAUGAAUCACGAGCUCUUACGAGA